ACGUCAGUGAACCAAAAGUGGGUCGAAUUUUGAGAUUGGAGCAUAAUCUUUUCUCAUGUCAUAUUUGCUGUUAUAAAACAGCCUCGUAAAUCAGCUGCAAGGAUCGACAGGGUUCUGGCAGCGUCCCGACGCAGAUCUCCGCGGGCGUCGCGACGUUCGGCAAAGUUAUUUCAAAGAUAGUGGGGCAUCGCUCUAUUUUGGUCGUGCUAGCCAGGGCCGUUCAGUCUGCGGUCCAGCUUCCUUACCGGGAGGCUGCGAAUUCGUAAUUUACACUUCGAUUUGCCCCUUUUCGUGCCCGGAAAUCGUCGAAAAAUGGCCGAAAAAUAAGCGAACGGGUUUCGCGCUCGAAUGCAAACACACGCUUGUGCAGUUUCAAAAGACAUUUCCGGUCGAGAAAGAGGCAAAGAGAAGAAAGCUCUGUGUGAACGGAAGCGCCAGUUGGCUCGAUUAUUGCUUCCGGGAUGAUCUUUCGAAUUUAACGUGGAUUCGAAAAAAAAAAACAGUGUUCGCUUGAUUUUGUAACGAUGUAACGUAAAAGUGACAAUCUAAUGAAAAUUAUUUAACAAUUAACUGUAAGAUCUUUAAUCACGAUAUAUAACACGGACCUGGUCUAUCCUUGCAAAUAAUAUCGGCCGUCAAUCAUAUCGGAAGUCCGAUAAUCGGAGAAAACUGUAACAUAUCAACGUCAAGAAUUGUAAGUCCGGUACAGAUUUUAAAGAAAAGUUUAUGAAAUCAACAAAUACAUCGUACGAAACAAAAGUGCAAUUUAAAAAAAAAAGAAAAAUUGAGCCAAGCGAACGGGAAUGAUUUUCUUCUUCGUGGGUGGUUAAAAACUCGAAAGAUUUUGAUGUAUUCUGAGGGUGCCUACGAAUCAUCGUGAGAAUAGAGAUGUUUUGGAUCGAGGCGGACGAGGAGGAGGAGGCUUUGCUAUGCAGUCCAGCUCUGAUGGCCAGGCGGGCCUCGGAGUCCUGGAUCGUAGCACCUCCUGUGGAGGCGAUGCCGGUAGCGGCAAUGCCCCUUCAACGAAAGAAGUCACUGCCGGACGUAGCGCAGCCGAUCCAGCUCACAGCCACCUCACCAUUGUCGAGGGAAGAAGUCAGUUUUCUGAGCAGUAUGAGGAGAGAGGAGAUCCGUAGGCAAGUCGACGAGAGCGAGAGGCUCAGAGCAAACCCGCUUUUGUACCUGGUCAGUCCGCAGGUUAAAGACUGGUUCUCCCGCCAGCAGCUCGUGAUGCUGGUGCUCUUCAUCAACAUAUCUCUAGCUUUGAUGUUCUUCAAACUGCUGACGUAGCAGCCAGCCGACGAUCGGGUUCACGGACUCGUGAACGUGGACGUGACCUGAGACCCGGUGGCGCCGCGACACUUUGGGUCGUCACCGAGUCAGAAUUUCGAAGGGAAACGGCAAUGUGGCCGCACCAAGAAUCGCCGGGAAUGGCUUUCACCAGCGGUUCGUUCAGUCUUACGCGCCGCGGGCGCUACGUUAAGAGAGAGGGAAUCUUUGAAUCGGGACCGACGAAAAGGAGACUCGAAGAGGAUCAAUCUCGGCGGAGAUUUUGUCGCGCGAAGGCGGCCGUAGUCGAAUUUCGAGCGAUCGCGAAAAUCUAAGUAGACGAAUAAAUAGAGGGAGCAGCAUUCAGACGAAGAAGUAUCUCCGAGGUAUUUUCGAGGGGAUUUAAAAUCGAUUUACCUUUGAAUAUUGUAAAUUAAAAAGGACUUAAGCUUCAAAGAAAAAGGAAAAGAGGACAAGAUUCAACAGGGAUUUGAAAGAAUUUGAAUGAUGAAUUACAUUCUCGAAGAUCUUUCGUAAAAUAAGAAUACCUGUCUAUGACAAAAAUUUUCUGACAAGGCGUUUUAGACGUUUGCCGCUUAGAUCCUUUUUAAUUGGCAGGCUAAUAUUUAUUGGACAAAAAUUUUUGAGAAAAAGAAAAACCGAUGAAACACCUAAGCGCAGUUUGUGAUUUGCGCGAGAGGGAAACAUCGACAAGAGUCUUUUGGAAACAGGGGAGGGCGUUGUGUACUCCCGACGCCUGUGUAUCAUACCUAUUUUUACACCAAAUACUUUAAUAACGCUACUUGUAAGAGUAGGUCGAGCCCUUUCGGGGGCGGGCCACCGAUCGAUCGUAUCCGACGUACGAAUCUUCUUCUCUAGUCAUAAUUUUCUCUUUUCUGACGAUCGGCUCGAGCGCAGUAAUAGCGACGAUCAAAUUGUACACAAUCGACUUUUUAACAAGUCAGCCACUUAACUUGUCGACCACUUCUUUAUUAAGGCUGGCGCUGUCGAAUUUGAAGCGGUACAGGUACUCAGGUCGAAUUAUCCGAAUCGUACUUACGGCUGUUUCCUUAAAAGUAGAGAUUGUUAUACUUAGCAAUGAUCGUAAUUGUAGCCGUGGUGCCGUGCGCGUAAAGAUUCGCUAACGCGCAUCCGAGCAUUUAUAGCGUUCCACAACGAUUGUACGGUAAACUAAGGCGUAAGUUUAUUAUAUAAACAGAAGAGACGUAGAAAAAGAGUUGUCAUAGUCGUCGAACUUUUACAAGCCCUGCGGGAUUAUAGUUACAAUUACUAUCGUUGAAUGAAUCGACGGUUGAGAUUUGAAUCCAUCGUACGGUAUCUUGUCUAGAAUUACGAAGUUUCCCGAUAGCGAAAUGUGUCAACCUGAAUGUGAAUCUGCGCACAAGUUGAGAGAAACGUUUUUGCUAUGAAUAUGAAUGAAGGCCGAGGCGCAGCACCUAUGCAUAAUACGCGUAAUGCAUAAAGCAUAAGAAAACCAAUCAGAGUCUUUCAUUUCAUGAAAAGGAAGGAAAUGAAGGACUUUGGUUGAUUUAUUUUCUUAUACAUUAUGCGUUUAUGCGAGACUCUGGUGCUUCCGCCCUUCUUCUCACCUUCCGGUGAGAGAUCGAAGGUUGACGUGCGCUUGUUUUUCCUGAAACAACGACGCGAAGAAUUGACGUUGUUUUUCUCGAAACGCUUUUUACAUUCUACGUUUAAGAAAAAUAUUAGCGCUCUGAAAAUGCGAAUGAUUCAUAUCGUAACAAUCGCGCGCACGCAAUCGCGAUAAUAUCAUUCAUCGAGACGCAAAAUCGCAAUCUCUGUAUAUACAAGUGAUUCUUAUCGACUAGUGUCUGCCGAAUUUAGAAGCAGAUUAAACACGACUUUCGAUAAAA